UAAAUGCUUAUUUUGCAGGGCCACAUGGGGUAGCUGCGCGGUCUAGGGCACUUUGCCACGGUUCGUGCAGCCUCCCCCGUCAGUGGUUUGAGUCCCCCCUCGGACAUGGCACUGAAAAGAAGAUGAGGUCUUAUAAAAGGAAGUUGGGUGCAAGAGCCUAUAGAAAUUACUCUCCAGAGACGUUAGAUAAACCCGUUAAAUUGGUUUUAACAAAGAAAAUGACCCUGCGAGCAGCAUCUGAAAGGUUCAAUAUUCAUCGAAACACAUUGUGGAACAAAACCAAAGAGAUAAAACGUUCGACCACCUCAAACUCAGAGACAGUUAAACCUAAAAGACAGCAUGGGGGUCAACCUAUUUUUACAAAAGAAGAAGAGGAUACAUUCGUUGCUCAUUCCAUUGCAAUGGCAUCUUAUGGUUUCCCAAUGACAUUACUUGAUUUGCGCUGUGUCGUCAAAUCAUAUCUAGAUCGAACCGGAAGAAAAGUUCCCGUGUUUGGAAAUGGAAACUUUCCUGGGAGAGAGUGGGCCAUGUCAUUUAUGAAGCGGCAUAAGUAUGUUCUCUCCGAAUGUGUCGCCAAAAAUAUCACAUAUGCAAGAGCUGCGACUGAUACUGAAGUGAUUGACUCAUAUUUUGAGCAUUUAGAGAAGGAGUUAGAGGGUAUUCCGCCAGAAAAAAUUUGGAAUUACGACGAAACGAACGUCCAGGACGAUCCGGGAAGCAAAAAAGUGUUGGUCAGAAGAGGAGCAAAAUAUCCAGAGCGGAUACAAAAUUGUUCCAAAGCAUGUACUUCGAUUAUGGUCUGUGGGAACGCCGCAGGACAGUUGGCUCCACUAUAUACGUAA